CAUUCCUACGAAACCAACAAGUGUCAAAGGAAUCACUGAAUUGUUUAUAUCAAAUAUUAAUUUGCCGGUUGUUUGAACGUCUAAUAUUUAUAGAUAAGAAAUGGCUAUUUCUCGACCGGAUGAGGUCUAUCAGUUUUCUAAUAAUCUGCCUAUUGAGGUUUCUUAUAAAAAUACCACAACAUACUCGCGCUGCAAUACUUAUGAUCCUAGAGUUAUUGCACAAGGAAAUGCUUGGCAUCAAAUUGUGGUUCAGCACAAUGGGAAAUUCGGUGGACGGGAUGGCAUGCCAGAAAUCUUGCAAGUAAUCUUUGAAGCUGUAGAAGGAGAAGAGCUGUUUCCUGUUGCAUAUCGGCGCGGUGUAAAAAAUGAUCGUUUUCUCGUGCGGAAUUGUAAAGCGGCAAUAAAUAAACUGUUUGAACAUAACCUUCGCGUUCAGCUUUCUGAUGCCUCUUUUGUACACCUGCAAAUAAAUUUUAAUGUAGGUGAUUAUAAGUUCGGACAAAUAUCACCACACGCUAAGCUUGGGGAAGCACUCAACCGACUUUAUACUUGUAUGGAGCGCGUAAAUGGUGUGGAUGGUAUAUUAAAUUUAUGCCGAUUUAAUACCCAAAUGGAAUUUUGUGAUCUAGCAGUGAAUUUGGGUAAUCGUGCUGUCUUUGAGACUAUUUGUAAUUUAAUCUAUCGCAAUGAAGACAAAUUUCGCUUAGUGAAUGGGUUGAUCCUAAGCGAUAACGGUAUCACAACUGUAACACCUCUGAAACUUUUUGCUGGUGCUGAAUUUGUGGUUUUGGAUUUAAGUAAAAACAAGAUUACUUCGACAUCUCGUUUAUGCCGCGAUUUAAGCGAAGUGAAAGCAGACGAAUUAUUGCUCGCUGGUAACCCGAUCACAACUGGCAACAAUUAUCCAGAGUGUCUACGACCUAUACAAAAAAACUUUAAAUUAAUUGAUGGUAUACCGGUCGAGAAUUUAUCGAAACUCUACUCGCCUUUAGACUACGAAGUAGACAUCGACAGGAAUGGGCAUCGAGUAGAUCUAAACAAUAAGAAGGAUAUUCUCAAGUUCCAACAAAGUAAUGAUUGGCAUGCUAUUGUGAUACCUGAUUCGGGACAAGAAUUUACCAAACAUGAAAUUAUGGACUAUUUUUUUAUUACUGUUUCACAAAAGCUAUCUGAGGUAUAUCCUUGUUAUUAUAAGUUUUCGGCUGGUGAACAUCAAUUUCUGGUGCGCCAAUGCUUUGAUCAGCUCUAUCACUUGGUUGAUAUUUGUAAAAUGGAAAUAAAUGUUCCACGCUUAACUACUAUUGUAGAUAAAUAUUCGGCGCUCUCGGAAAUUCAAAUAGACAAAACUUUAAAAUACUAUAUGCUUAUGAAUGUUAGACCGUUCAUACAAGGACAAAUAGAGCCCAUGGAAUGUAUUGAUAAAGCCCUCACACGUCGUUAUAACGGUAUAAAUAGGCAGUUAAAUUUGGAUAACUUUGAAAGCGUCGAAGGUUUGGAAAAUAUUGUCAUCAAUUUAAGUUCGCCAAAAAUUUUGAGGCGAGUUCUAACGCAGGCAUCUCGAAAACUUCUUACCAGUUGUGUGGAACUUCGUUUGACACACAAUAAAAUAACUAAUGCUAAUGUGUCAAAAGUUUUAAAUAUAAUGAGUAAUUUAAAAGCUAUAGAUUUAGGGAACAACUGGAUCGUGGAUUUGGAGGACGUUAAGAAGCUUUCUGCGCUUGGCUUGAAAACCUUACGUCUAGACGGUAAUCCUUUGUGCACCAAAUAUUCAUCCGCUGGUGAAUAUGUAAAAGCUGUUAGAAGACUCUUUCCGGAGCUGACAAAACUGGAUAACAUUGAAAUAAAAAAUAAAGGUUACUUAAGCUCUCAGAAGAACUUCUUGUGCGAUGUAAGAGGCUAUGAUUUUGUUAAUGAAUUUGUACCACGGUUUUUCAAGUGUUUUGAUUCCCAUAAUCGUUCAAGUUUGAAGGAAUUAUAUCAUCGGAACGCAAUUUUCACCUUUUCAUUUAAUUAUAUCGUUGGUCAAAUGACUUCGCAAAAUUUUAAACGCAUAUCCAAAUAUCGUGAAAAUUGUAGAAACAUACUAAAAAUUUCAGAUCUUUCCCGAGCACACACUAGUAUAUAUCUAGGUGCUAAUCAUAUCAUGGAAGUGUUUUUUCAGCUACCCAGCACGCGGCAUGAUUUGUUGACCUUCAAUACAGAUACAAUGAUUUACAACGAAAACAUGAUAACAUUAACAAUCAAUGGAGUAUUUUAUGAUCAAGCUCCCAGUGUUAUGGACACCGACAUAUUGAUGUCUUUUACUCGAACAUUUGUUCUUAUGCCUGUGGAAACGAAACUUGGUUUUCUCAACAAAGCUAUCAAGUAUCAAAUUGUCAAUGAACAAUUAAGUAUAUACAAUCCCACAAGUCAACAGGUUAAAAAUACCUUCAAAUAUUUUAAGAGUGAAUGUCAAGAUGACAACGAUGAUGUGACAGUAUCAGAUAAGGAAGCUCUCUUAAUAAUGUUCCAAGAAGUAACAAAACUCAAACCUCUGUGGUGUACUCGCUUCUUGGAAGAUGCCAAAUGGAAUUUUAAAAAAUCUUUACUGAUUUUUUUAAGUUUUUGUGACAAUAAGAAAAUACCAGAGACUGCUUUUAAUUAGAGUAUACAUAUUGGUCCAAUUUCUUUAAACUUAAGUAUAGAAUUGUGUACCUUAAUUCAAAUAAAACAUGAAGCAACCGAGAUGACAUAAA